AUGCACGCCGCCCUGGCGGGGCCGCUGCUCGCCGUCCUCCUGGCCACCGCCCGCGCCCGCCCGCAGCCGCCGGACGGAGGACAGUGCCGGCCGCCCGGAUCGCAGAGGGACCUCAACUCUUUCCUGUGGACGAUCCGGCGUGACCCCCCAGCCUACCUGUUUGGCACCAUCCACGUGCCCUACACCCGCGUCUGGGACUUCAUCCCCGACAACUCCAAGGCAGCCUUCCAGGCCAGCGCCCGCGUCUACUUUGAGCUGGACCUCACCGACCCCUACACCAUCUCGGCACUAGCCAGCUGCCAACUGCUGCCGCAUGGCGAGAACCUGCAGGACGUGCUGCCCCGGGAGCUCUACUGGCGGCUGAAGCGCCACCUGGACUACGUGAAGCUGAUGAUGCCCUCGUGGAUGACGCCAGCCCAGCGUGGCAAGGGGCUCUACGCCGACUACUUGUUCAAUGCCAUCGCGGGCAACUGGGAGCGCAAGAGGCCCGUGUGGGUGAUGCUCAUGGUCAACUCGCUCACUGAGACUGACGUGCGCUCCCGAGGGGUACCCGUGCUGGACCUCUACCUGGCCCAGCAGGCCGAGAAGAUGAGGAAGAGCACGGGCGCCGUGGAGCGGGUGGAGGAGCAGUGCCAUCCGCUCAAUGGCCUCAACUUCUCCCAGGUGCUGUUUGCGCUGAACCAGACGCUGUUACAGCAUGAGAGUGUGCGGGCUGGGAGUCUGCAGGCGCCCUAUACCACCGAGGACCUCAUCAAACACUACAAUUGCGGGGACCUCAAUGCCGUCAUCUUCAACCAUGACACGUCCCAGCUGCCCAACUUCAUCAACACCACCCUCCCACCACACGAGCAGGUGACAGCCCAGGAAAUUGACAGCUACUUCCGCCAGGAGCUCAUCUACAAGAGGAACGAGCGCAUGGGCAGGAGGGUCCUGGCACUGCUGCAGGAGAACCAGGACAAGAUCUGCUUCUUUGCCUUUGGAGCAGGUCACUUUCUGGGGAACAACACAGUCAUUGACGUCCUCCGCCAAGGGGGGCUGGAGGUGGAGCAUACGCCUGCGGGGCAGACAGUCCACAGCCCUGCUGCCCAGAGCCCAGCACCCGCUCCCGAGGGGACCUCAGCGAGCCCGGCCCCAGUGACCCCCACUGCUGCCUUACCAGCAGUGCCCUCAGCGACCCCCACCGCCCCGCCUGAGGAGGAGGACCCCGGCCUGUCCGCCCACCUCCUGCUCCCCGACAGCCUCAGCCAGCUGGAGGAGUUCGGGCGGCAGAAGAAGUGGCACAAGAGACAGAACAAGCACUCACGGCCGCGCCAGUUCAAUGACCUCUGGGUCCGUCUGGAGGACAGCACCACCGGCUCGCUGCCCCCUCUGCCACUGCAGCCCACGCACAGCCCUGAGACUGCCGAGCCCCCCUUACAGCUCCCGGACCAGCUCCCCCAGCAGGAAGGGCGGGGGCCCACCAACAGCUCCGCACAGCGCUCCCAGCCUGCCCUGGGCCUCGUCCACGCCUGCGCCGCCAGCCUUCUGCUGCGCACUCUCGGGCCCUCGUGACCAAGGCCUCGGGUGGGCAGAGAAGCCAGAGAAACUGGGGGGUCUGCAGCCACCCCCCACUGCUCCUGCUGCCACCUCCAGGGGGACCUGACACCUCACGGCAGUCCAGACGGGUCCGUUAGAACACUAGAGCUUUAUGUACCUGAGAUACAUCUUCUUUUUUGUAGAAGGAUCUUUAUUUCCCAUAGUGCUAUGGGGCUCUUUUGUAAAAUAUGUCCAUAUUAAAAGAGAAAAAUGUAUUUAUUCUACCGAUAAAGCUAUUUUC